UGUCCCAAUAAUUUAAGUAUUAAGAGUGCUCUAGUCCAGCUGUCUAUUAAAUUGGUCAAGAGUAUUUUUUUUCUAUUUCUUAGUAAUAUAUUCAUUCACCAGCAGAGCAGUGCAGAGAGCAGAGCAGUAUCUCCUUCCUUCUUAUAUUACUGCUACUUCCUUCACUUUGAUACUAUCAUCAUUACAUUACAUUACUCUCUCUCUCUCUCCCCAUUUCACUUAUAUUGCAGUUUCUCUCUCUGGAUCAGGAUCAGGAUCAGUAGUACCAGUCCGGAGUAGGAGGGUGGUGCAUCUGAAAAAAAGAUGAAAAUGAAUUUGAUGGUGGUAGUGUUGGUAUCAUUUAUUUUCGGAGCAUCAUCAGCGGCGGCGGCAACUAGUGUUGCAGAAACUCCUUCGCCGGCGCCAGCACCGUCGGCGCCGGAGUAUGUGAACCUGACACAGUUGCUGUCGGUGGCAGGUCCAUUCAGUACAUUCCUCAACUAUCUCCAGACAACAAAACUUAUCGACACCUUCCAAAACCAAGCCAACAACACCGAAGAAGGAAUCACAAUCUUCGUACCGAAGGAUCAAGCCUUCUCGAAGCCCAGAGCUUCUCUCGUAAAUCUGACCCAAGAACAGCUCAAGAAUCUAAUUCUCUUCCACGCAUUGCCACAUUACUACACUCUCUCGGAUUUCAAGAAUCUCAGCCACCAGAACCCAAUCAUCACCUUUGCCGGCGGCCCUUUUUCAUUGAAUUUCACCGACAACUCGGGCACCAUACGGAUCGAUUCUGGAUGGACUAGCACCAAGAUCACAAGUGCAGUUCACGCAGCUGAUCCAGUUGCAAUUUACGAGAUCGAUAAAGUACUAUUGCCUGAAGCUAUAUUCGGAACCGACAUACCCCCUACUCCGGCUCCAGCACCCGCUCCUGAAACUCCCGAUGCAGAUACGAAAGGGGGAAGUGAUGAUUCUUCUCUGUCACCGAAAGCUUCUGCUGGAAAGUCGACUUCUAACUCUCACAAAGUAAUGUUGAAUUUGGGUGUGCUCGCGUCCGCGGUGCCCUUUUUGUCGUUGUUGUUGUUGUGGUGAGAACUGAUGUGAAGGCGCGGCGCUACGCUACGCUACCGGACCUUUUAAUUUAUUUUAAAUGUCACCACACCACAUCAAUAUUAUUCUACAUCCAUAAAUUGUUGUUGUUUUUAAAAAAAGAUUUCUUCAUUUCACAAUAGCUAUUCUUUUUGUUACCCAUCCACAAUUUUCAACAAGGCUGUCUGUGCCAGCUCUCCUUAGAUGUAUAUGCUUUGGAAGCUUACAAAAAAGGAUGUAAUAAAAUAUAUAUGCUGUAUGUAUUCAUUAUUCAUCUCAUCUUCAUUUAAGAAUUAUUAUUAUUA